UACAAAUCUCGAUUUGGUACUUCUGUCAGAAAAUCAUCCAACAAUACUGAUGAUGGAAUCAGUUGCGGCAAAUGAUACCGAUGUUGAAGGUACAGAAAAUACAUUGCAGUACUUCCUUUUUAUGGAAUGCAAACUCGACAAUGAACUUGAUUCAUUUUUGGAUGCAGUUAUAACUCUUCUUGCAUCUUAUUACGUGUUAAAUUACCUGUGGCCACAACAAGUCCCCUGCGUUUUAGAAUGUUUGCAAAUGCGGUACAUGAAAAGUUUCAAUGAGUCGACAAGAGGAAGAUCGAUGAAAGUAACUGAGAAAGUCUAUACCUUUUUUAAAAAAUUACAAACAGUUAAACCAGCAGCGGUGCUAAUUACAAAAUAA